AUGUCCGCCGCCAUACCGUGCACGCGGGCUACAGCCCAGCGUCUCGCCUUCCGAUCAAUAAGAUGCAAACGAUAUGCAAGCACCGAGACAGUUGCUGUCGAUGCAGCCCCUGCCACGCCUCUGCCACCCGCCAAGCGUGAACCACCACCACCACCCCCACGAGAAGACCUCAGCCAGCGUCUGCACCGAGCAUUAUACCCAGAGUACUAUGGAGAGGAUGGCCGGCCCAUCGAUGGGGCAUCUAGGGUGCACACGCGACGCAAGCAACCGUCAAAGCCCAUCAGUGCCAAGUGGGAGGCUGUGAUGAAACAGAAGACCGUGAACCGUGAAUUGAGCCACCGAUUCGGCGUUCCCGUCUUCAAGCAACCAGCCCGCAACAUCAAGAAAACCUGUCCUAACCCUGUCGCAACCGUGACGGCUUCGCAAAUAAGCCAGCUCGACCCAACUGGCGCACGAACCCGUCUCUUCGCAAAGGACAACCCAGAAUGCGCGCGUGUCGGCGAUAUCCUGCUUGUCCGCCAACGCAGUGGCGAUCCAUUUGCCGGAGUCUGCAUCAACAUUCGCCGCCGAGGUGCCGAUACCGCCAUCCUCUUGCGUGGCCAAUUGACCCGCGUCGGCGUGGAAAUGUGGUAUAAGAUCUACAGCCCGCUUGUAGAGGGCAUCGAGGUGGUCCAGAGGGCGGCAAAGAGAGCACGACGCGCCAGGCUGACGUACAUGAGGACCGUCAAGCACGACCGAGGCAGCGUGGAGAACGUGGUCCGCAUGUACCUGCGGCAGAAGGCUGCAUUGGGCACGGCCGAGGGCCAGAAGAAAAAGGGCGCUGGGGCCGCGGCUGCGGCCAUGGGUGGAAAGAAGAAGCCAGGCAGGGGCAAGAAGAGGUAG